CCGCCCGGGGCUGCUGGCCCGGUCCCCGGCCCCAUCCCCGCCCCGCCCCUCCGCCGGUCACCGCGCCCCGCUGCCCGCGCUGCGGGGGCCCCUCCGUGGCGCCGUUCGGGUCCAGGGAGCGCCCGGCCCGUGGAGGCGCCGGGGACACCGGGCACGGGCCGCCCCGCCCGCUCGGUGCUCCCGGUGUGCGGGGAUGCUCGGGGCUGGCGGCGCCGUGCGCGGGGUCGCGCUGCUGCUGCUGCCGCUGCUGCUGCUGCCCCGGGCCGCCCGCGGGGCCGCGGUGUGCGGGCUGUGCCCGGGGCCGCCGCGGAACGGCUCCAUCGUGUCCCGGUUCUGUGAGUCCCGGGGCGGCACUGAGAGCGACGGGCGCUGCUGCCGGGAGAGGGGCCCGUCCCCAGGGCGGCUUCUGGGGCUGGACCUGAGCAACUGCUCCCUGCACAGUGUCCCCCCGGGACUGGCCGAGGCCACCACUGCCAUCGUCCUGGACCUGACUGAGAACCCGCUGACAGCUCUCCCCGAUGGCUCCUUCCUGGGCUUCAUCCAGCUGCAGAGCCUCGCCGUGCCGCUGCCGCUGGAGUGUCCCGGCGGGAGGGACGCCUGGCAGGACGUGACAGCGGACGGGAGCCGCCGGCUGUGCCACGGGCAGAGGAACCCCUGCAACAGCUCCGUGGAGCUCGCCUGGCCAUGUCCUGAAAACUCUGUGUGUGCUCCUGAUGGCCCGGGGCUCAUCCAGUGCCUCUGUGACAGCCCCUUCCAUGGCUACAAGUGCCUGCGAGAGGGCACGUUCCCGAUGCUUCUCUUCGGAGGAAUCCUGGGCACCGCCACUGUGUCCCUGUCCCUGCUGCUGUGGGGCACCCAGCGGAGGAAGGCCAAGACCCCCUGAGCAGGGCAGGGGUCGCGCCUGGGCUGGAAGCUCUGUGGCCUGUGAGGGUCUCGGGAUCAAUAAAGCUGCAAGUCCUCACUGUA